AUGCUUUACUUGAACAUAUUGAAACAGUCAACUAUAGUACAUCUAUGUUUUGCUAUAUCAUACUUCACGUCAGGGAUAUUGUUGAGUUUUAUUCAGGCCGCUUUGUUCUUUGGACUGAAACCGUUUAACAAGAGGUUGUUUAGGAAAAUUAAUUAUUACCUAUCAUACUCAUUCUACUGUCAAUUAGUGUUUAUGUCAGAAUGGUGGUCAGGCACAAAACUAUCAAUUUAUGUUAAAAAGGAUGAAUAUGAUAAAUAUUAUGGCAAGGAGCACGGAUAUUUGAUUAUGAAUCACAGUUAUGAAGUCGAUUGGCUUAUGGGCUGGCACUUUUGUGAUGGAAUUCAAGUGCUCGGAAACUGCAAAGCGUACGCUAAGAAAUCAAUCAAAUAUUUACCACCAAUCGGUUGGAUAUGGAAAUUCUCCGAGUUUGUAUUCCUUGAGAGAUCAUUCGAGAAGGACAAGGAGAUUAUCAAGGAACAGAUAUCAGAGAUCUGUGAUUAUCCGGAUCCAGUAUGGCUACUAUUAACACCAGAAGGUACGAGAUUCACCAAAACUAAACACGAAGCGUCAUUAAAGUUUGCGAAGGAGAAGAAUCUGCCGCUGCUUAAACAUCAUUUGACACCUAGGACCAGAGGAUUCACUACCAGCCUCCAAUACUUCAGAGGGAAGAUACCAGCCAUAUAUAACAUACAGUUGGCUUUCGAAAAGGAUAGCAAGGUACCCCCGACAUUAACUACAAUGUUAUAUGGCAAACCCGUACACGCACACUUGUAUAUAGAAAGGAUACCGGUGGACAGUAUCCCGGAAGACGAGGCUGAAGCCGCGAAAUGGUUGCAUGACAUAUUUGUCAUAAAAGACAAAAUGCAGGAUUCGUUCUUGAACACUGGUGAUUUCUUCUUAGAGUCUGGUGUGGAGAGAGUUGAAUCUUUCCAACGACCUAAUCGUAUAUAUUCAUUACUGAACACACUUGGUUGGGCCGUUGUAACCCUGACUCCAAUGUUAUAUUACCUCCUGGGAUUACUAUUCAGCGGAAAACUCUUAUAUUUCUCUAUUGGUGGAGCCAUUCUUCUAGCAUUUUACAUUCUGCUUCAAAAGUCCAUAGGGAUGUCCAAAAUCAGCCAAGGUUCAUCGUAUGGAACGGAAAAAACUAAGUGA